GGCGCAAACCAACGUCGUCAAUCAAUUCUGAGGCUCUCAAAAAGCCUUAUCACUCCAAUUGAGAAGCCAACAACAAAUACAAGAUAAUUACGAAAUCGCCACGAUGGGUGUUCCUUUCGAAGCUCUCCUUCCAUAUGGAAUCAUGCUUGCCAUGUUCGGUAUUACCGGUGCUGGAAUGUCUGGAGUUAGAGCUCUGCAAAAUGGUGGAAAGAGAGCCAGACAUUCUGUAGAUGCCUGGGACAGACAAAUGAUGGACCGUGAUAGAAGGUUGACUGGAUUCCUUCGAGGGCAAACCGAUAAUCCAAGUGCUCCUCUAGGAUUCGAGUUGAAUAACCCAUGGAGACUCGAGAAGAGAUUCAUCUAGAGACUUUGGCUCAACCACUGUACAUACCCCAAAUGAAUUUAAACAAGCCACAAUAUUUUAUGAUACUCAUGCCUACAAUGGGCUCUGGAUGGCCUGAUCGAGAGAUGAUUCUAUUAAUCGAAUCAUUGUGGGCUUACAAGACUCUAACCCUUGAUCUAAACUGCGUUUGUCAUGCCGAACACAUUACAUGUUGAACAAAGUGACUUCUACAUGUUUAUGUUCUCCGAAGACAGCGAUGUUUCAAAUUUUCUCUCCUCCCCUCCCUCAUACGACAAAUUAAAUUAUGCGUUAUCUUCCUCUUCAUCACAUUGAAUUAUUGCCAUGGUAUUAUGUCAAUUUGAGUUCAACAGUGGAUAUACGGUUUCACAACUGAUUUUCAAAAAUCACAAUGUGUUUCAACCUGCUACCUGCACUCGGUUCAUUUAAAUCGUGUAUCUAAUAAAUACUUGGCCUGCA